AUGUCCGCCCUCAGAAACCUGCUCUCGGGCAAGGUGCGCUCGCAGUCGGGCUGCUACACCUGCCGACUGCGCCGCAAGAAGUGCGACGAGAAGCGCCCCGUCUGCGAUGGCUGCGCGGCCCUCGAGAUUACCUGCUUCUACGGCGAGCAGAAGCCCGACUGGAUGGACGGCGGCCCCAAGCAGCGCGCCAUGGCCGAGUCGAUCAAGUCGCAGGUCAAGAAGCAGGCCAGCCAGCGCCGCGAUCGCAAGUAUCUCGAGAUGCUGGAGAAUGGCACCCGCAUGGUCAAUCUCAACGACGAACCCGCCAAUGGCCACUCGAGCGACACGGCCGUCCUGUCGUCCGAGAGCGACCAUCCCUUUGAUACGUCGCCGAGUGCUUUUAGCGCGACCACCGGCGGCCCAUCGCCCGACAUGCCGUGGCACCACCAGCUCAUGGGCCCCAACGGCUCGCAAAAGAGUGACUACGACUCGGGCCAGGAUACGCAUCUCAUCAUGAACUACGUCGACUUUGUGUUCCCCUAUUUGUUCCCUUACUAUCAGCCGCCGAUCCUCGUCGGCGGUCGCGGCUGGGUCCUCGAUGCGUUUCUCCACGGCAGCCGCUCCAUCUACUAUACAGCCAUUGCUCUGUCAUCCUGGUUCUUUGGUGUGCUUCUUGCUGGAGGAUUAGAGGAGCACGCGCACUGCACCGAGAGAAUGGCGCGACAGCUGCACCACCAGAUGGGCAUCAGCCUGAAGGAGCUCCAGAAGAACAUCUACGCCAUCAGCCUCAAGAAGGACAAUUUUGAUAUCCGUGAGGGUCUCGCGGUGAUGCAGAGCGUCAUCCAGAUGCUGGUGUUUGAAGUCACGGCCGCCAACAAGGAGAACUGGAAGCUGCACCUCGAUGCCGCCAUUGCGCUGUUUGUCAAGAUCCUCCCGCAGCCCGAGCAGUGGACAGAGAAGCUGAACGGGCUGUGGACACCGAAGUGGCCGCCUCCCGAGAUGGGCAUCCGGCGCCCGUGGAGCACCGACCAGGCGGCGCUGCGUUUCUUUGGCGCCAACCUGCUGUACAUCGAUGUCAUGUCGAGCAUCACCAUGUCGCAGCGACCGCGACUGGCCAGCUACCACGAGCCCGUCAUCCCGAGCUGCCCCAAGAAUAAGCUCUCGACGGAGCCGCAGUCGGCCGGUCCGCUGCUGAUGGAAGAGUUCUACGGCCUGUCCAACUGGGUCAUCCAGACCCUGGGCGACAUUGCCGCGCUGGAUGCGUACAAGAAGGAGCAGCAAAAGGCGGGCACGCUGUCAGUGGCGGACCUCGCGUCGCGCGGCGACGUCCUGUUCCAGGUGGUCAAGACGGGCAUCCGGCACCUGGACAACCAGGACUACUCGCAGACGCCGGUCGAGCGCGCCGUCUCCGUCAUCCGCGACCCGCUGUCGAGCUUGAACCCGGCGUCGGCCGCGGCCAAGCCCAACUUUAUCAUCCAGAACCUCAUCUGGCUGCACGCCGCCUCGCUGUACCUCGGCACCGUGGUGUCGGGAUGGCAGCCGCAGGACCCGGACGUGCGGCGGUCGGUCGACAAGGUGACGGAGCUGCUGCUGGACAUGCCCGACGGCAAGACGAUGCAGUCGAUGGCGUUUCCGUUUUGCGUGGCCGGCUGCCUGUCGCCGCCGGAGCACCACGACAAGUACAGGGGCAUGGUCACCCGGCUGGGUCCACUGCAGGUCUUUGGUACCAUACAGGAGGCCAAGAACAUCAUGGAGAAGACGUGGGCCAACAGCACCGAGGUGGACGAGAGCUGGGAUAUCGCCAAGUGCCUGAACAGUCUUGGUCACGGCGCGCUGCUCAUUUAG